AACGAGAUAUCACGCUAACGUGUAUAUGACAUAACCACGUUGUGAGGGAACGUCUCCUGGUCAAGAGCGGACGUCAUCGCGCCGGCGGUGAUGACGUCACCGGACGGGGGACGGCCGUGUCAUGGCGGAGGCACAUAGUUUGGAUGACCUUUCGCGCCAGGCCUUCCUUCUCACUAAAGUGUACGUGCAGCGCGACUACUCGGAGGGAACCUCCUGCCGAUUCCAGAUCAAGUUCCUGCCUGAGCUGGAGCCCCGGAUCGAGAAGAACCUGUUUGAGGACACCGUGCGGACCUUCAACAAGCUCUACACGGAGGCCGAGAAGAUCGGAGCGCACUCGUACGUGGAGAGCUGCCUGGGCUGCCUCACGGGAUACACUCUCUUCAUGUGCAUGGAGACGCGCUACGAGAAGGUGCUCAGGAAGAUCUCCAAGUACGUGCAAGAGCAGAACGAGAAGAUCUACGCACCGCGCGGCCUGCUCAUCACUGACCCCAUCGAGAGAGGCCUCCGCGUGAUUGAGAUAUCGAUCUAUGAAGACAAAGGCAGCAGUGGCGGCAGCCGAUAAAGCGAUCCGGUCUCCAGAGACACUGAUGGACAGAGCCACUCCUCCCGUAAAGGCCGUUUCCAUGCGGAAUACAUCAACACAGCCGCGUUCUGUAUUUGUAAGGCAUCACUACGGGUGUUGUCAGCAUGGUCUUAGUAGAGAAACGCUUUCUAAAUAUUUACCUAGUGCUCACUGCAUCAGCUUUUUAGUUUGUCGGUCAUUUUUAAGGAAUCAUAGUGAUAUUUUAUAUGUAUAAUUGUCAUGACCAAGUAUUGCAAAGUUGUGUUAUUGCUAGUCUCCCUGUGCACGUGUAAAGACUCGGUAACGGUUCGGCUGUGUACACGCAACACUUUGUACAGUGUGCGCAUUGUAAGUGGCAAGUUUCAGUUUGAUGUUUUUAUCCUGUUAAGUCAGCAUACGCUGCUUUUUUAUUUUAUGUUUUUAUUUAUUGACUUUGAAAAUCCACAUUUUCUGGAGGCCCACUUAUGGAUCCUGCCGAUGAGUGUGAUAUCAAUCGCUUGGAAAUUGUGCAAUUGGGGUCCUGCUCUCAUCCCGAUGCCAUAAAUGAGCCUCAUGGUGGUGCCACCUCACUCAGCUGGGGGAGGAUGCCGGAGGCUAAAGCAAUGUUGGCAUUCAUUGGCCAUGGCCGUUUAUGUUGUGUCUAAAAUUUGAAAUGUUACUCGGAUUCAAAAACUGCAACUGUAGUCCACAUGUAGCUACUCUUCCUUCGUUAAUAAAAAAUUAUAACGCGCACAAA